AUGGCGGACGUAGUAGAGGAAGUAAUUGCACAGAUCCACGAAAACCUGACCGUCGCCACAACCGUUGAUGGGGCCGGCGACGAAGGGGGCGCAACGAACGCAACCGGGAAAACUCCCUCGACUCCAGAAGGCAUGGCGCUAGCAUAUGGCACACUGGUCGUGAUGGCCUUACUUCCAAUCUUCUUCGGCUCGUUGCGUUCGGUCAAGCAUCAUAAGGAGCAAUCGACGGCGUUUGCAAAAACGGGAGAAAAACCAGACACGAUGUCCUCAAAAGACGCAAUGAUGUUCCCCAUAAUGGCAUCGUGUGCCCUGUUCGGGCUGUAUAUGUUCUUCAAGAUCUUCUCGAAGGACAACAUCAACUACCUGCUGACGGGAUACUUUUUCUUUCUUGGUGUGAUGGCAUUAUCGCAUUUGCUCAGUCCGGUGAUUAGCUCACUAAUACCAGCCUCUAUACCCAAGAUUCCAUACCACCUGUCGUUCGUACAAGGGCCACAGGAGGGUGGUGAAAAGAAGAACAAGGAUAAGAAGUACCUCAUCGACUACCGGUUCACCACGCACGACGUUGUGUGUUUUAUUGUGGCACUCAUCAUUAGUGUGUGGUACCUGGUUCAAAAGCAUUGGAUCGCCAACAAUUUGCUGGGCCUGUCCUUCGCCGUGAAUGGCGUGGAGUUGUUGCAUCUGAACAACAUCGCUACCGGCUGCAUUCUAUUAUGCGGUCUAUUUGUGUACGACAUCUUCUGGGUGUUUGGAACAAAUGUGAUGGUCACGGUAGCGAAAUCGUUUGAAGCACCCAUCAAGAUCGUGUUUCCUCAGGAUCUCAUGACGAACGGGCUGUCAGCAUCAAACUUUGCCGUACUCGGACUAGGGGAUAUUGUCAUUCCAGGAAUUUUCAUCGCGUUGCUGCUACGCUUCGACAACAGCUUGAAGCGAAAAAGCAAGACCUACUUUUACGCAACAUUCAUCGCGUACUUUAUUGGUCUCCUCGCAACGAUAUUCGUAAUGCACGUGUUCAAACACGCACAGCCCGCUCUUUUGUAUUUAGUGCCAGCGUGUUUAGGCACACCGCUUCUGUUAGCGGUACUCAAGGGUGAUCUGAAAAAACUGUUAGCAUACGAAGACCACCCGGAAGAAAAACCAUCCAAGGAGAAGGCGCCAAAAAAUAACAACGCAAACGUCGAGAAAACCACACCACCCACAAAAAAAGAAACAAAAAAGAAGGAAGCGAAAAAGUCCAAGUAA